AUGCAUAUCACCUCUCUGAUUGCCUUCUCCCUCACGGCAGCCAUUACAGCUGUCAGUGCCUACCCCAUCACCGGUGACGAUGUCAAUUGUCGCUCUGGACCGGGAACCAGCUAUGCAUCGGUGAAGACAUACAAGAGAGGCCAGGACGUCAAGAUCUCCUGCCAGACCUCUGGUACUGAUGUUUUUGGCAACAACAUCUGGGACAAGACCUCCGACAACUGUUAUGUAUCCGACUACUAUUUCAAAACUGGUAGUUCGGGCUAUGUCACCACCAAAUGUGGGGGUGGUGGCGGUGGCUCCACCGGCGGAGGAAAAGAUAUCAUCGCUGCCGCAGAGACACAAAAGGGUCUUCCCUAUGUUUGGGGCGGCGGUGGAUGUAAAGGUCCUUCGGGCGGUGGUUUCGACUGCUCCGGUCUGACGCAGUAUGCCAUCUGCAAGGCUUUGAAGAAGACCAUUCCUCGUGUCGCGCAGGAUCAGUAUAACUCCGGCAUGGGAAAACGGUACCCGCGCUCGCAGGCUAAGCCCGGUGAUCUCUUGUUCUGGGGUACUGGGGGUGAUUGCAAGAACAAGGUCGUUCAUGUUGGUAUCUUCAUCAAGGAUGGCCUCAUGAUCAAUGCGGCUAGAACGGGUACACCGGUGAGGGAACAGUCUAUUUGGACUUCUUAUGGCGGAGAGAAAAUCUGUCCCGAGGUUAUGAGGUAUGUGGCUGUUCGUGGUAUUGAUGUCGGUGUACUAACUGGCAUUCUUGUAGAUUCACUUGAGCUACGGUUUGCUUCGGCUUGUCCGAGUGCUCUUAAGAUCGAUCCAUUGGGCACAAAGUUCUGGUUUCAGGCUUCGCUGUUUUCGUGGUCAACCGUAUGUAGUUGGAAUAAGAAUGCGAUUGAGACAUUUGUAUUCAUGGAUGUUUUUGCUUCAUGA